CGCCGGGGCGGGCGGAGCGGCUCCGUCGGCGGCUCUGGGCGCUCUGAGGCGCGGGGCGCAGGGCUCAUGUAAUCAAAGAAGUUUCUUUGUUGUGUGUAUCUUUUCAGAACACAACAGGAAUUGAAAAUGAAUCAGAACACAGCUGAGCCUGUGGCAGCCGCAGAGACCCUGGCCGAGGUACCAGAACAUGUGCUUCGAGGCCUUCCAGAGGAAGUGAGGCUUUUCCCAUCUGCUGUUGACAAGACUCGGAUUGGUGUCUGGGCCACUAAACCAAUUUUAAAAGGCAAAAAGUUUGGGCCAUUUGUCGGUGAUAAGAAAAAAAGAUCUCAGGUUAAGAAUAAUGUAUACAUGUGGGAGGUCUAUUACCCAAAUCUGGGAUGGAUGUGCAUUGAUGCCACCGACCCAGAGAAGGGGAACUGGCUGCGCUAUGUGAACUGGGCUUGCUCAGGAGGAGAGCAAAAUUUGUUUCCACUGGAAAUCAACAGGGCCAUUUACUAUAAAACUUUAAAGCCAAUCGCGCCGGGCGAGGAGCUCCUGGUCUGGUACAAUGGGGAAGACAACCCCGAGAUAGCAGCUGCGAUUGAGGAAGAGCGAGCCAGCGCCCGGAGCAAGCGGAGCUCCCCGAAAAGCAGGAGAGGGAAGAAAAAAUCCCAAGAAAAUAAAAACAAAGCAAACAAAACCGAAGAGAUACAGCUGAAGACAAGUGAGCCAGAUUCCACCUCUGCAAAUAUGAGAGAUUCUGUGGAAGGCCCCAAAGACGAAGAUGAGAAGCCUUCCGCUUCAGCCGCUGAGCAGAUGGCCGUCCUUCAGGAGGCGGUGAGUCAGGCUGUGCCUCCGGAGCUCGCUCUCCCUCCCCGUGCCCAUGAGCCCCAGACAGGACCAGAUGUGGAGCCGGAAACAGCACAUUGUGAGGCGAACGACGUGGAGGAAGACGAGGAGGAAGAGGAGGAGGAAGAGGAGGAGCUGGAAGAAGAGGGGGACGAAGCAGCUGACGUGCCAAAUGAAAGUUCCAUGAAAGAGCCGGAGAUACGAUGUGACGAGAAGCUAGAGGAUUUAUUAGAAGAACUAAAAACUGCUUCAAAGGACACGCUUGAAGACUCUGCAGAGGUCGCACCGGUUAUCAGAACCCCCAAAGCUAAAGAAGAGGCCAAUGGGGAUGUGUUUGAAACGUUUCUGUUCCCGUGUCAGCAUUGCGAGAGGAAGUUCACAACCAAACAGGGGCUGGAACGGCACAUGCACAUCCACAUAUCCACCGUCAACCACGCCUUCAAGUGCAAGUACUGCGGGAAGGCGUUCGGCACGCAGAUCAACAGGCGGCGGCACGAGCGGCGGCACGAGGCGGGGCUGAAGCGGAAGCCCAGCCUGACACUCCAGCCGCCAGAGGACCCAGCCGCCGGCGAGGCGCCCGGGGACGGCGCCCCUCCAAAGGACGACACACGGCCUCCCAGUCUUGGGCAAGACUGUCUGACCUUGAGUUCAGAGAAAGCUUCCCAAGAAACAGUAAAUUCUUCUGUUGUAGAAGAGAAUGGAGAAAUUAAAGAGCUUCAUCCGUGCAAAUACUGUAAAAAGGUUUUUGGAACUCAUACUAACAUGAGGCGGCAUCAGCGCAGAGUUCACGAACGUCACCUGAUUCCCAAAGGGGUGCGGCGGAAAGGGGGCCUCCUCGAAGAGCCACAACCCCCAGCAGAGCAGGCCCCGCCUGCCCAGAGUGUCUACGUACCCAGCACAGAGCCAGAGGAGGAGGGGGAGGCAGAUGACGUGUACAUCAUGGAUAUUUCUAGCAAUAUCUCUGAAAACUUAAAUUACUAUAUUGAUGGUAAAAUUCAGACCAGCAGCAGCACCAGUAACUGUGAUGUUAUUGAGAUGGAAUCCAAUUCGGCAGACUUGUAUGGUAUAAACUGUCUGCUCACUCCAGUUACAGUGGAAAUAACUCAAAAUAUAAAGACCACACAGGUCCCUAUAACAGAUGAUCUUCCUAAAGAGCCUUCCAGCAGCACAAACAGUGAGUCCAAGAAACGGAGGACUGCUAGUCCUCCUGUGUUACCCAAAAUUAAAGCUGAGACCGAGUCUGAUCCCGUAGCACCUUCGUGUUCCUUGAGUCUGCCUCUCAGCAUAUCAACCACAGAGGCGGUAUCUUUCCACAAAGAGAAAAAUGUGUAUUUGUCAUCAAAGCUCAAACAACUUCUUCAAACCCAGGAUAAACUAGCUCCUCCUGCAGGUCUUUCAGCCACUGAAAUACCUAAAUUAGGCCCUGUCUGCGUGUCUGCUCCUGCGUCGAUGCUACCUGUGACCUCGAGCAGGUUUAAGAGGCGGACCAGCUCUCCCCCCAGCUCGCCACAGCACAGUCCUGCCCUUCGAGAUUUUGGAAAGCCAGGCGAUGGGAAAACCGUGUGGACUGAGGCAGUUCUAAGUUCCAAAAAACCCAAAUUAGAAAGUCAUAGCAACUCACCAGCAUGGAGUUUGUCGGGGAGAGAUGAGAGAGAAACGGGGAGCCCCCCAGGCUUUGAUGAAUAUAAAGUAUCUAAAGAGUGGGCAGCUAGUUCUACGUUUAGCAAUGUGUGCAACCAACAGCCACUGGAUUUAUCCAGUGGUGUGAAACAGAAGGCUGAGGGUACAGGCAAGGCUCUGGUCCAGUGGGAAGCUGUGUUAGAUCUCAGUGUGCAUAAAAAGCCUUGUAGUGACUCUGAAGGCAAGGAAUUCAAAGAAAAUCAUUUGGUGCAGCCAGCCUGCAGUGCCGUAAAGAAAAAGAAACCAACCACCUGCAUGCUACAGAAGGUCCUUCUCAAUGAGUACAAUGGCGUCGAUUUACCUGGAGAAAAUGCUCCAGACGUGACCAGGAGCCCCAGUCCUUGUAAACCCCUAGAUCCUCAGCUGGACCCUGACCUUGGUCCUAACUCUAGCUUAUCUGCCCCUAUUGUUGAGUCUCCUCCAGACGUUUCUCCUUCAUCACCUGCCCUACAAACAUCUUCCCUUUCUUCCGGGCAGCUGCCGCCUCUCUUGACCCCAACCAAUCCCUCUUCACCUCCACCCUGUCCUCCUGUGUUAACUGUUGCCACCCCACCCCCUCCACUGCUUCCUACUAUACCUCUUCCAGCCCCCUCUUCCGGGGCAUCCCCUCAUCCAUGUCCCUCUCCACUCUCAAAUGCCACCACACAGUCCCCACUUCCAAUUCUUUCCCCGACGGUGUCUCCCUCACCGUCUCCCAUUCCUUCCGUGGAGCCUGUUAUGUCUGCUGCUUCGCCAGGGCCUCCGACACUCUCUUCAUCUUCCUCCUCAUCUUCUUCGUCUUCGUUCUCUUCUUCAUCCUCCUCCUCUUCCCCUUCGCCACCUCCUCUCUCAGCAGUAUCAUCCGUGGUUUCCUCUGGGGAUAAUCUGGAAGCCUCUCUCCCCAUGAUAUCGUUUAAACAGGAGGAACUAGAGCAUGAAGGUCUGAAAGCUGGGGAAGAAGCUCAGUCUGCCACUGAGCGGGAUAUUGUUCAGGAGACAUUCAACAAAAACUUUGUCUGCAACGUCUGUGAAUCACCUUUUCUUUCCAUUAAAGAUCUAACCAAACAUUUAUCCGUUCAUGCUGAGGAAUGGCCCUUCAAAUGUGAAUUUUGUGUGCAGCUCUUUAAGGCUAAAACUGAUUUGUCAGAACAUCGCUUUUUGCUUCAUGGAGUUGGGAAUAUCUUUGUGUGUUCGGUUUGUAAAAAAGAAUUUGCCUUUUUGUGCAAUCUGCAGCAGCACCAGCGAGAUCUCCACCCAGAUAAGGUUUGCACACACCAUGAGUUUGAAAGCGGCACCCUGAGGCCCCAGAACUUUACGGAUCCCAGCAAAGCCCAUGUAGAGCAUAUGCAGAGUUUGCCGGAAGAUCCUUUGGAAACGUCUAAAGAAGAAGAGGAGUUGAACGAUUCUUCAGAAGAGCUUUACACGACCAUAAAAAUAAUGGCUUCUGGAAUAAAGACAAAAGAUCCAGAUGUUCGAUUGGGUCUCAAUCAACAUUACCCAAGCUUUAAACCACCUCCAUUUCAGUACCAUCACCGCAACCCCCUGGGCAUUGGUGUGACGGCCACAAAUUUCACUACACACAACAUCCCACAGACCUUUACUACCGCCAUUCGCUGCACCAAGUGUGGGAAAGGUGUGGACAACAUGCCUGAGCUGCACAAACACAUCCUGGCCUGUGCGUCCGCCAGCGACAAAAAGAGGUAUACCCCGAAGAAAAAUCCCGUCCCGCUGAAACAGACUGUGCAACCCAAAAACGGUGUGGUGGUUUUGGACAACUCUGGGAAAAAUGCCUUCAGACGAAUGGGACAGCCCAAAAGACUGAACUUCAGUGUUGAGCUCAGCAAAAUGUCCUCAAAUAAGCUAAAGUUAAAUGCGUUGAAGAAAAAAAACCAGCUUGUCCAGAAAGCAAUCCUUCAAAAAAACAAAUCUGCAAAGCAGAAGGCUGACCUAAAAAAUGCUCCUGAGUCGUCCUCGCACAUCUGCCCAUACUGCAACAGAGAGUUCACGUACAUCGGGAGCCUGAACAAGCACGCUGCUUUCAGCUGUCCCAAAAAACCUCUUUCUCCUUCCAAAAAAAAAGUUUCCCAUUCAUCCAAGAAAGGGGGACACCCAUCACCUGCAAGUAGUGACAAAAACAACAGCAGCAGCCGCAGACGGACAGCAGAUGCAGAGAUCAAAAUGCAAAGCAUGCAGGCGCCUUUGGGCAAGACCAGAGCUCGCAGCUCCGGCCCCUCGCAGGUCCCACCGCCCUCCUCGUCCUUCAGGUCCAAGCAGAAUGUUAAAUUUGCAGCUUCAGUUAAGUCCAAAAAACCAAGCUCCUCUAUAAGGAACUCGAGCCCCCUACGAAUGGCCAAAAUGACUCACAGUGAGAGCAAGAAGCCCAAAGCUGCAGCCAAGAACCAUGCAGCUCAGCUCUCCAGCAAGACGUCACGGAGCCUGCACGUGAGGGCGCAGAAAAGCAGAGCUGUCUUACAGAGCAAGUCGGCCUUGGCCAGUAAGAAACGAACAGACAGGUUCAGUGUAAAAUCUAGAGAACGGAGUGGGGGGCCAAUCACCCGAAGCCUGCAGCUGGCGGCUGCUGCCGACCCGAGUGAGAACAGGAGGGAGGACAGCACUGGCAAGCAGGAGCUGAAGGACUUCAGCCAGUUAAGGACAUGUAAAUAAGUGAUGGAGACGCAAAAUGAAAAUCCAGACCAAGUUUUUCCAUUUACCAUGAAAUUGAUUAAAAAAAAGAAAAUGGUGCUGAUUUCUCCCAUACCAUCUCUUGCCACACCACUCCAAGGAGACCGUCUGUGUCCCUCCCAGCCUGUCUCUUUUGAGUGGGACACCCACGUUCCUGCACACCUUCUGAGUCAUCCUGUUUGCUGUCGUAACGUUUGUCUCAUGGUCUACCCACCUUUUCUUUAACAUGGUCAGUUCAUAUAAGGUUGUGUUAUGUUGUCAUUUAUCUUCAGUUUUCUUAUUUUCUAGGAACUUCCUGUAGAAAAGCCCCCCCAAACAAAACAAACCUUAAUUGACUAAAUAAAGAUAAUGCAUGCUCAACUUAGGAUAAGCACUACGGCAAAGGAUACGAAAUCUACCAAGCUUGCAAGACCAGUUGAAGCUGACUCAAAAAUCCUAACACACAGCCGAUUGCCAGCAGGCUUCUUGUUGCCCUGGUUAGAGUCAGGCAUCUGCUUCUUCGCUGGCUGGCGCCCAUCGAGCGUGCUGGGCUCGCAGGGGAUUGAGAUGCACAGAGGAGGGCGCUGUAAGACGGGCUAGCUGACUGGCUUCUCGUCACGGGACUGGUAACUCAGACCUGAGUGUGGCCCUGGUUUUUGGCACAGAGCAGAGAAAGGAGUGAUUUGAACCUAACCUUGCAAAGCAAGUUCUCUGUUUUAUCAGUAGUUUGUUGUAGAUUUCAGGGAUGGCAGAUUCUGAUGCACUCCUUUUAUAAUGUUUUGGUCACACACCAGCUCUUGAUGCCUUUCCUUUAAAUGAACUGUAGACAGAGAGAGGCAUUUAGCUUCUUUCUUGCCUUUUGUUGUUGUUGUUUGUUUGUUUGUUGUUUUUUUAUCACAAGUCGAUUGCCAGCGUAAUGGAGAGGAAACCAGAUUGGAUAUGGACUCUUUUUUUAUGCCUCUUCCAGUGUCAUGUUUAUAUAUCCAAAUGGACAUUAUCCUCUCAGAUUCUUAUCUGGCACUAAUUUAUAACUGUUAUAUUAUCGGAGACGGUAGCAAUAUAUCAGUGCCCAGGAUGUAUCUCACAGGCCUGUAUAGAUGUAUGUCUACGCAAAAGUGUAAAUGAGUUUACUUAUCAGGUUUUACACAUCAGUCUCUAAUGGAGAUUUUAAAAACCAGAGAAAUUGGCCUAUUUCUGAGUAUACAUGUAUCAUUUCUCCAUGCAUUAUAUGCCUUCCCCUAAUUAAUGACUGAGUUGAUGGAAAAUGGCUAGGUUUUAUUCAUGUUUUUUUUUUUUGUUCUCAACUUUCAAAAGUAAUCUACCUCUUAAAAUUUGUAGUUUAAUACUUGUUUGGUGAAUUUGUGCCACUUUAACCCUUUCACUAUCAUUCCCAUUUUGUUACAUUUCUGUUAUGGGGACUUUAUGUUGAAAUAUUGUAUAAAGCAUUUGUAGCAGUUUAAAAAUAAAGUAUUUAAAAUUAUUUAAAUUGUUCUGGACGCUUCAAUUGUAUUAUAUGUGAUUUACAUUUUACAUUUUGUUGAGUUGUUAAUCUGGAGAGUGUUCUUGUAUUGAAGUUUGCUGUUAGUAAUUUUAUUGUUUCUUGUUGGAGAGUGAUAUAAAAGACUAUUCUGAUGAAAACAUUAAAAUUUACAAAUUGACAUACAAAAGGGGUUGUCCGUUGAUUUUAACCAAUAUAGCCUUGGGAGAGAGGUUAAAUAUAGACAGACAAGCUAAGAGUGGUGUUUGCUGUUUGCCCCUUCCAGCGUGAAAUACAUCACUUGAGCUUGUCAGAUGCACGGAAAGGUUUCUUCUGCUGUCCCUAGCAAGCACUUAACGAGGGGGAAUUCAAAUGAUGCAUUUUAUAUCAUUGUAACCAAUAAAAAACUUUCUAAAAGCUGUGAAAGGACUUCAUUUUGUAUAUCACUGGGAGCAGUUAAGGGGGAAAAUGAAGGUACCUGUAGGAGGGGUGCUCACAGGCUGCAUCUGCAAAGUGCAGCUGUUGAGCCCCAUGGCCGACCUCUUCCCACUUGUUUCUCUUUGGCAUUUAUUGAAUAUUUGUGAAGUCACAUCGCUUCCACACCACCUAGAGGGUAGACGUGCAGUCGGACGGUGGUGCUAAGAAGUGCGUGGAGAACUUUCUUUGGUAAGAGCAAAAUCAUUUCCUCCAUGGGGUCUCAGCCUCCUCUGUGCUUGCGAACAGUUGACUGUAGUCUGGAGAUUUUUAUUUUUAUGGAUUCCUGAAGAAUGAAACAAAGAAGUUGUAACAUUUGUAAUAGGUUGAUACGGAAUUGCUGUUUUUUUAAAGAUUAAAA